AUGAAUAACAUGCCCAAUGCGCCAAUGGGCGGAACGUGGCACUCGGAACAGAACCCUGACGAGCGGCAGAAGAUCAUUCUGAUCGUGGUCCAGACACUUCGGGACUUGCAAGGAUCCAACUUCAACGAGGCCGCCGCCAGCAAGAUGGCUCAUGAUUUCGAGAAAUACGUGUUUAUGAAGGCUCCUUCUCGGGAUGACUACCUUUCGGCUAUCAAACAGAAGGUUCACCAGAUGCGGGGCAGUGUGAGGAACAACUCCCAGGGCCAGAAUGCCAGCAAUGCCCAGAUGGGACAACGGCAACAGCAGCCUCAGCAGCAGCAACAGCAACAACAGCAACAGCCUCCUCCGUUCCAGGCUCAGGCUCAAGCUCAGGCACAGGCGGCCAGAGCUCAACAGCAGCAGCAGCAACAACAGGCUCAGCAACAACAGUCCAUGGGAAUGGGUAUGAAUAAUGACGUUUCGGGCCAGGGAAUGAACUUCUUUCCUCAGAACCAAAUGCAAAUGAGGAACGGAAUGAUGCCUCAGCAACUGCCUCAGCAGAAUCAUCAACAAGUGCCUCAGGCUCAGAUCAACAGGCCAGCGUCUCAGGGAAUGCAACAACAGAACGCUCCUAGCCAGCAACAGCAGCUGAACGCUCCAGCUCAGCAAAGUGCUUACCCUCAGCAGAUUCAACAACUUAGCGCCAUGAUCAAAAACGUUCCUAUUCCUCCGGUCUACUUGAAUAAGAUUCCUGGCUUGCCUCCUAAUGUGAAUACUUGGGCUCGUAUUUAUGAUCUUGCUCAGAAGAAGGUUAUACCUCCUUCUAGUUUGCCUGCUAUCAAGGAGGUCCACAAUGCCCAUCUUCUGAUCGUCAUGCAUCAACAACAACAAAGACUCGCUCAGCGUCGUAUGAGCAACAUGAACAGUGGAACGGGCUCCGGAAACGCUGGUGCCGCUGCUCCAGCUAAUGACCAGAACACUGCUCAGGGUAACAUGAACAACAUGAAUAGCAUCAACAGCAUGAACAACAUGAACGGCAUGAAUGUUAACAGACAAUCCCAAGGUCUGAUGAACAUGCAAAACCAACGCAUGCAGCAACAGCAACAACAGCAAGCUGCUUUCAAAAAUAACAAUACCAACAAGGCUCAGGGUAACCAGAACAACAUGCAGCUUCCUAUGGGUAUGCAGCGUCCUCAACAGCAACAGCAGCAGCCCCAGCAAAACCAGCAAACUCCAAUGAUGAAGCAGCAGCAGCCUCAGCAACAGCAGGCGCCUGGUAAUCAGACCAACAUGGGUAUGGCUAACCAGAACACUGGUGGCCAACAGCAGCAGGCUGCUGGCAUGAAGGUCCCUAAUUUCCAGAUUACCCCUCAGGAUAUGAUGGAUUACCAGGCUGAGGCUCUUGCUUACUUGAGCAGGGCUCAACAAGACGGCAAGAUCCCGCCUAAUUUGGAUAACAAUGGAAAGCAAAGCUUCAUUCGUAAGUACAUCUACCAUCAAAAGAUGACUGCUUGGAAGAAUGAACAGAUUAAGGCUAGCAAGGGUAGUGGCGGGCAAAUGAAUAUGGCUCAACAGCAGCAACAGCAGCAGCCACAACGUACUCCUCAACAGCUGCUGAUGCAGAUGGGCAACAUGAAUCAGGGCGGGUUCCCUCAGCAACAGUUCCAACAGCAGCUUAAUCAGCAGAAUCAGCUGCAACAACUGCAACAGCAGCCACCAUCUUCUCACCAGGCUCAACAACAGCCUAUUGGUGGUAUGCAGCAAGGCAUGGGCCAAUCUCAGCAGUCUCCUAUGAUGGGUAAUUUGCAGCAGCCAAAUGCUACGCCAUUAAUGAACCAAGGCCCCAAUCAAGCUAUGUUUUCUCCAGUGGUGCAACAGAAAGCUCCUGGUCAGGGUCCUCAGGCUAACGCUGCCGGUUUGAAUGCACAGCAAAACCAGGCCAGACGUCCUCAAGGUGUGCCUCCAGUUACGGAUGAAAUGAAGAUGAAAUUGAAGUCUCUCUUUGACGAGGUUGCUCGUGGUGAUAGUUUCCAACUCAAGAACCAUACUAUGAGUUUGUCAGACAAGGACAAGUUGCGGGUAAAGGAGCUUAUGGUGAAGAUCAACCAGCAAUAUACUAAUGUUGAUCACGUUCUUACCUACUACUACGCUCUUACUCGUGACUUGGGUGGUACCAAGAAGUUGAUUCAGAUGAAGUUUAUGACGAAGAAUAUCAUAGACAACUUCCAGAAGGGCAUUUACCUUGCCGGUCCAGAGUUGCUUGAAAAGAUGGUACAGCAUUUCCAGAAGUACUUUGAUGCAGUUAGAAAGGAGCUUACAGCUCGCAGGCAGCAGCAGCAACAGCAGCAACCACAAGCUCAGAAGCUUGAGCUGACAUCCGCUCAGAUGUCUCCUGCUCAGCAGCGCCCUGCUAUGAAUCAGCCCUCUGCUCAAGUACCGGGCCAGCGUCCAUUAUCUGCUAUGCAGCCUAUGCAACAAGGUGAUCAGCGGUUCAUGGCUCAGAAUGUUCCUCAAAACAAUCAGCAGAACUUUGGACCACCAGGUAUGGGUCAGAUGCCUAUGACGCAGAACAUCAGUCCCCAACAGCAGCAUCAACAACCUCCACAGCAACAAGCACAGCAACAGGCUCCUCCUCCUUCGGCUCAGCAGCAUUUGGCAAACCAAAGAGGUCCUCAGCAACAACAAACGCAACAGCAGUUUGCACGUAAUGCCACCUAUGGACAGCUUUCUCAAGGUCAGCCAGAUUGGCUGAAGGCCGUCAAUGGACCACAGAGAGGUGCCAAUAUCUCGCCUAUGCCAACUGCGCAGAGCGGAACUUCUCCACAGUUGCAAACACAAACAGCUCCAAAGACUGCUGCUAAGGGAAAGAAAGCUAGCACAAGCGGAGCUGCUGGUCGGAGAAAAUCUACAAAAGCAGCUGGUACGAUGCCUACGCCUGGCAACUCUGCUCCAACUCCUGCUACUUUGGCUAAUGCAAUCAAGACGCCUAACAGUAUGCCCACUCCACAAGUCAUCCAGAGCACAAGCAAUAAGGGAACUCCUAUUGACGUCUCUCCUAAUAGUGAUAAUAAGGGUGCUAAUGUUAUGGCUAAGGAGCCGAUUGUCGGCGAUGUGUUUGGUGCUAACAAGGUGGACUCUAAAUUGGACAAGAGAAGAGAACUUUCAAAGUCUGAUCCUCAGCAGUUCUUUUUUGCAGCUUUGUCGAAUCUUCUUGAAACUGACAAGACUGAAAGUACUAACGGCACGAAAGCUGGCGUGGCCAAUGGUGAUCACACAAAGUCACCGCUCUCGCCAAACUCUGCCGAAUGGUCUUGUACUGUCAAGCCUGAAGCGAUUACGUCUGCUUUCUGUCAGGUUGACUUCAUCAAGGAUCUUACUGCUUUAGAGGUAUUAGAAGAAUGUGCCAAGCUAGUGGACAGGGACGCUAAGAAGAAGGAAGAGGAGGCUCUUAAUUCCAAGAAGAGGGAGAGAGAAGAGCCAGACGACAUUGAUUUGUUGUUUGACGAGAGUGAAACAAAGAAAGUCAAGACCGAUGACUUUGACCGGUUCAUGUAUGAACCCGUUGAAUUUGACGAAUGGAAGCAAUGGCUUACUGGUUUGCAACAAACGAAAGUUUGA